AUGAACGGCACAUCUCCGACCCCGACCAGGCUAUCGUCUUCGCCCUCCAUCGUACCUUCCGUCAUGCCAACCGCAACGUGUCACGACGUCCAAUCGUACCGCAGCCCUAUCAACAACUUAGAAUGCAGCGACCAUAAAGGCACGGACUGUAUUCAGUGGCGGCACUUGGGUUUGAAUGUAAACGAAUUGGAAGACCUCGUCAAUUUUUGCCCGGAGUCGUGCAAUAUUGAUUGUGGUGCUCUAAGUCGCUUUGAACUUCGCUUGACCUAUCGUUUGGAAAAUGUAAUAACAUUUUUGGGUCCGGAAACAAGUGAAACGAUAGAAUUGGUUGGAGUGGAAUUUUUCACGAAAUACAUCCAGUCUAUUACCCCUCAAAGCCGCAUUUUUGUGAAUGAAGCAGAGCUCUUGCGACAGCAGAUCGAGCCGUAUUUUCUAGGGCAGCGUGAACAUGCCCUUCGUACUUCACAAUCAGGCCCUUACGUGGAGCUUCUGAUAGAAACGAUGUUUCGUGGACUCACGGUGCACUUGACGACGGAUGCUCUGUUGGGGUACCUUGAAGAAGCGAUUUUGAGCACGGGCUUUACACAGGCGAUUCAAGGAUCCGGUGAUCCAACCUUGACGCAAGCGAUAGUUUCUGACCACAAAAAAGGACGGCGCUUUUCUCCGAACGCAGGAUCAACGGCAGGCAAUGAUGACAAUAGGCAUGCGUCGGGAAGCGUUGUUGCUUCCAUGCUUAUGGCCUUCGCCGCGAUAUGUGCAGGAGUAUGUCUUUUCGUUUGGCACAAACGAAAAGUCCGAACGGAAAACGGAGAUCGAGGUGUGAAUGAGCCUAGUGCUGUUAGCCCCACUGAAUCAGAGCGAUCCCAAUUAGCCAACAUAUUUUCUUUCGAAAGCGUCUCGAACGCGGUUGCCAAUGCUAAGGGAGCAGUACUAAAUGUCAAUUUCUGUCAUCAAAAAAAGAAUUCGACAAAGAAUACCCCUAGCAGGUCUUCUACUAGUGAAUCAGGCAGUGGCGAGACGGAAGACGAACCGCACCCGUUGGCAGGCCUUAUUCCUCCGAUGAUUGUCAUGAAUCAAAUUGACAGCAAUGAAGAUUCCAUCAGAGGCUCCAGAAAUGCAGAAAAAAUAGCCAAUGUUGUACCAUCACACUACAUGGCCGCUUCUGCACAGCUUAUAGCCUCGCUGAAUGACCGGAGGACGCCGCACCAAGUGCCGAACUUCUCUAAAGUAUUUGUCAGUGUAGCGGACUUCAACGCAAAAGAGAAUGAAGGCGAUCUUGAGAAGCAAGUGGCCUGGUUCAUUGCCCCGAAUAAAGGGAACACGAGCUUUCAUAUCUUUUCAAGCGAAGACAAUGACGAUGAAGACAUUGACGGGAUUGAUUCUGUAUCGUCUUAUCCUGCAGAAGCAAGUGGAAUUGAGAGCCCUAGUAUACGGCAAACAAUGGACGAUGGUACUGCCUUUCGAAAACUGAUACCAUCAGCAUCACCCGUGGCAAGCCUAAAAUAA